AUAUGUACUCGUAAAGAAACAUAAGUUACCAAAUGGAAGAGGUAAUGUCAAUGAUCUUCCACGGAAUGAAGCUAGUUAAAACGCUCGAGUCCAGCUUACCGGAAAAGCCACCGGAAUCGCUAUCAACCUCUCUUGACGAGAUCGCAAAGACAUUCGGUGAUGCAAACGAGCGGCUGAAGAUGUUACUAGAGAUUAGAAACUCCGAGACCGCGUUCAACCAACUCAAACCGGUGGUUGUUUCCGUUGCAAACCAGAUGUUAAUGCAGAUGGAACCGAGUUUGAUGCAAGAGUAUUGGUUAAGGUGUGGCGGGUCCACGUCAUCUCAUGAAGGAUCCGAGGCCAUGUUUCAGACGCAGCUCAUGGCCGUUGAUGGUGGUGGAGGAAAGAAUUUGACGGCUGCAGCAGAAGGAACCGGCGCUAGCGGUUCCUCCACGCCAAGGCAGCGGAGAAGGAAGGACGAAGGAGAAGAACAAACGGUGUUGGUGGCGGCUCUAAGGACGGGGAACACAGAUCUGCCCCCUGAUGAUAAUCAUACUUGGCGUAAAUACGGUCAAAAGGAAAUUCUUGGCUCUAGGUUUCCUAGGUAAUAUUAACUUUACUAAUUUAUUUGUAUAUUAUAUUAGAGAGAUUAAUAUAACCCAAGCUUAGUUGGAAGACGAAAAUAAGCUUUUCGUCCAGAACUAGUCAAAGAUUCUAGAUUAGUAAUGUAGAAUAAAUGAGUACAUGCAUU